CUUAUCAAAGCCAUACAGCUAUCCAGGCCCAACGAAUCUGGCUUUUUUGAUUAAAAGCCCGAGCAGACGUUGCCUGAUAGUUAUGGCGAGUCCUUCAAGCAGCAAACGAAAAUUCAGCACAGAUAGACCUAUCUCUCCACCGCCUCUGCGCCGUAAAGUACAGUCCACAACAACACAAAAUGCCGUAGCAUCAUUCUUUACGCCCACAUCACAGAAGGCUCCCGAGAAGAUUACUUGGCAAGAACGCGGAGCGGAUGAUGAUUCCCCACGCACCCUUCUCGUUGGCAAAUACGUGCCUUCGGAUGGUUCAAGUACGCAUGACGCAGAGGAGAAGAAGAGGAGAAAAGUUGCUGCGUUUGAUUUCGAUUCUACCCUUAUCCUGACGGCUUCGGGCAAGAAGUUCUCGUCUGAUCCCCAGGACUGGAAAUGGUGGCAUCCCUCUGUGCCUGGUACCCUCCGAAAGCUUUAUCGUGAGGAUGGGUACAGGGUCGUGGUGAUCAGCAACCAGGGAGGGAUUUCUCUGAAACCUGAUCCCAAAGCGCCGAAGGCCCAUCAGAACAAGCUUUCAACGUUCAAGACCAAGGUCGCUGCGGUGUUCAACCAGCUGGACCUUCCGGUGAGCAUCUAUGCAGCCACUGAGAAGGAUAUCUUCCGUAAGCCCAGGACUGGGAUGUGGAAGGAACUCCUUGAAGACUACGACAUUGAUCCGGCCGAUCUUGACCUGGAACAUUCUAUUUUCGUCGGGGAUGCUGGCGGUCGUUCAGCAGGUGGAGGGAAGCCGAAGGACUUCUCUUGCUCAGAUAGGGACUUUGCAGAAAAUAUUGGCAUCAAGUUUCAUACACCGGAAGAAUUCUUCCUUCAGGAAGCACCAAGACCAUUUACGCGCUCCUUUGAUCCCGCUGCGUACGUCACCGACGUUGCGUCCGAAGGUUCUCAGGUAUACGAGAAGAGGAAUGAUCAAGACAUUGUGCUCUUCUGUGGUAGUCCAGGCGCAGGGAAGUCAACAUUCUACCGGAAGUAUCUGGAGCCUCUUGGAUAUGAAAGAGUGAACCAAGACACCUUGAAAACUAGAGAUAAAUGCAUUAAGGUUGCUGGGGAGUACUUGGACGAGGGGAAAUCCGUGGUAAUCGAUAACACGAAUGCUGACACCGAGGUUCGAAGUAAGUGGGUUGAACUGGCCGUGAAACGCUCGAUCCCGAUCCGUUGUGUUCUCUUCACGGCUCCUCCCGAGAUCUGCAAACACAACGACGCCGUGCGAGCAUUGAACGACCUUAUGAACCCCGAGAAACGCAGUCUCCUCCCAAGCGUGGCCUUCACCGGCUUCACAUCCCGAUACCAGCGCCCCGCGCUCUCCGAAGGCUUCCAGGAUAUCACGGAAGUCGCUUUCAAAUUUGAGGGAAGCGCCGCGGAACAACAGAUCUGGACUCGAUAUUGGACGUGACCGGAACAAACAACACGGGUCAUCCAAGGGUUGUGCAUGCGCUGGCGACACGAUGCCGCGGCUGAUUGAUUGAAGGACGUGUAUCGAUAAUGAGAACCAACCCGGGAGAGAUCACAGGCUGGUUGGUAUAGCUGUACAAAACAUACCUUACAUACAUCCCCGUACACGAUACAAUAAUAUCCGCUGUAAGAUGGACUAAUUAGAUGGA